AUGGCUCUUUGCGUCCCGUUGGAUUUAGCCUCCGAGGUGAAUUUUAAGAUGAUGCCCACGAAAUAUCACUCCUACCUUGGCGCCCAAGUCGUCAGACAAUCAUCCGGGUUGUGUAAUUGGGAGAUCCGGACCUCAGCAUCACCUGGCUUGAUAGUACGCCAAACGACAAGUAGCCUCAUGGAGUCGACUGACCAGCCGGAAAAGGCUUUAGAAAUACCGCAAUUUACAGGCCAUGGCGAAGGUUACACUGAUCCCUUACCGCCCUCUGAACAUACAUAUGACCAAAAUGGACUGGCAACGGAAUUUGACAAUAUAUCUGGUGUAACCCAACACGCCUUUCCGAUACUUCAACAAGACAAUGGUGAUUUUGAAGGUCAAAACCGCUUCUCUUGGCAGCCACAAGACCUCACCCAAUCAUCAUUUGAUGCUACUACGUUCUCAUUAGAGAACCCGACCCAGCCUCUCGACUGGCCCUGGCAAACGUUGCCAUCGUCCUGGUCUCUGCAGCACCAAAACCAGGAUAUCUGGCCACAUCACCUUGAAGCCGGGCUAGGCGAGGUGCCGCCAAUAUGGGAAUUAGGUCAGGGCACCGUCAGGGCACUCCAGCUCCCACCCAAUGUUCAGAUACAGCCAAAUUGUCUCCCGCGCCGAAGAAGUCGAUACCUCCGUAACUCGGCCCUACCGAUGGUUUCAGGAUCCAACCCAGUACAAAUAUCAGGCUCUGGCACCUUGGUAGAAAGUGCAAUGGACCCGAUACAGCGAUGGCGAAACUCGCCCCCGGAGACUGAGGCAGCCUCCUUAGUCGCUAUUGCAGACGCAUUAAGGAAUAACCCGCUUCGGGCCCCGGCAUCAAACAGCACAGGUAGCCUGAAUAGUCGCCGGAUGGACGUCCGACCGGGCUCAACGGUGAGCUUUACUAGCGGCUCAAGCCUGUCCUCAGGCUCUGCUACUUCUGCAAGUUCUGUGGCCCGACGCGGCCGCGUGUCGAAACGAACCCGACCGAAUGCAGCAAAGGGCAAAGCAGCGGAGAAGAGAAAAUUCCCUUGUACAUUUUGUUGCGACUCUUUCAAGAGUAAGUUCGACUGGGCACGCCACGAGCAGUCGCUACAUCUCAGUACCAAGGGAUGGCGAUGCGCGCCAUAUGGUAGCGUUGUGAUAUUAGCCGCCACCGGACUCAGCAGCUGUGCGUACUGCGGUCUUGCAGAUCCGACACCGACACAUAUGGAAGAUCAUGAUAUUAAUCUAUGCAGACAAAGCCAGAUUUAUAGCAGGAAGGAUCACUUGAUUCAGCACCUAAGGUGUAUACACCAUGUGCAGGAUCCUCCGCCGAUAGAGUCAUGGAAGGUCGAGGGGCCACCAGUGGCAUCUAACUGUGGCUUCUGUGAUCUACGUAUGGAAUCUUGGCAGGAACGCACAGACCAUUUAGUGUCACACUUCCGCAAGGGCAAGACGAUGGAAGAUUGGAGGGGAGAUCAUGGCUUUGAGCCUGGAAUCGCGGCUCAGGUCACGAAUGCUAUCCCUCCGUAUUUAAUUGCCUCUGAGUCAAGGACCUAUGCUCCAUUCUCGGCAGCCGCUCCGAACCCUACAACAGCAGAGCAUGUACAGCAGAUAACAAGGUCCGCUGAGGAAAGCUUCGAAGCUUGGAAUGGAUUGGAGAUGCCACCCAAGGCAGGAGAACCUAUGAUGUCCCUCCAAGAUAAAUCGUUUCCUGAGCUGUUUGCUUUCCACCUUGGUCGCUUUGCGCAGCAUCAGAUGAGGCUCGGGAUUAUCCCUACUGAUAAGAUGUUCCAAGAUGAAGCUAGAAGGUUACAAUUCGGCACGGUAGACCCGCUGGAUGACACGGUCGCCGACAACGAAGAGUGGCUGGCUCGUUUUCGUAACCAACAUCUCGGGGACUCAGCAGGCAAUCGGGAUAGCCAAGAAUGA